GUCACAACUCAUAAAUGUAGAAAACGAAAAAAAUAAUCCUGAAAAAUAAAGAACAAAACAAAAAUUAAAAGGAAUUUUCGACUUUAACUUUCAUUUGCAACUACGUUUUCAAAAAGAAAGCAGUAUGAGGAGGAAAUACCUGAAACAUUUUUCGGGAAAUGUUCGUUUCAGUGCUACAUUGCCAAAAUGAAAUAAUUUACUUGAACGGAAAUUGCCGAGCAAAGACUAUAAAAGAGUACUUGCGACGAAAAUGUCCACUCAUAAUAUCAAAAGUGGUCGAUCUUAUCGACACCGUGGGUAAACUUCUUCACCUCAGUUGGAUAUCGGACAUUACAAACGCCAAGAUGCUUUUCCAGGAUCAGACUCUGUACAUACUCGUUAUAUUGAAGACAAGGCCAGAUUUAAAAGAUGCCUUCCAUAUAGUUCCUGUAUUGGACAAUUGGCAAACUCUAUACCCAGAAUUAGUGAAAAGCAUUAAAGCCCCCAUUAUGAUUGGACCUCAACGAGAAAUCCUGAAAAGCAAGUUACAGGGAAAGAAAGCUAAACAUGCAGCAGCACGUAGAGACAAGCUGCUUUUUUGAAGUACAUACGGCCAUUUUGUUUUUAAACGAUCAUCAAUAAAAGACUAUAUUAAAUGUGAAAAAUAGA